AGCUUCCAUUAAGGGAGAACUACAUUUUAGAAAAGUUGGAAUGCUGAAUUUUGCUGUUUGAACCAGUCUAGUUUGUGGCAGAUGUUUUAACUUCAAUUAGUAUGGCACAAACCACAGUUGCUCCUGCUGAUUAAAGGAAAACCAGGACUUGUUCAGAUUGGAAUGCAGCCCCUCUUAAAACACCUUUCUUGCAUGAGUCAAAGGCUGAAAUGCCUGUUAAACAUAUCCUUAUGUUCUCUGUUAAUGUGAGCUAACAAUUGUAGAAUUAGUCAAGUUGAAUUUUCUAGAAUUUCUUAGGAAGGCAAUUUUGUGAUUUAAAGAUUUUUUUCUUUACCACUUUCAUUUCUUCUUCCAAGUUACCAUUAAUCUUAAGGCUGGAUAAUAAUAAAACAAUGGUGUAAAUCAGUUAAAUGGGUGGUCUCGCGCCGUUUCCAUUGAUAAAUACAGUCUGAUAGCGAUGCUGCUGCUUUAAGUGAGCCUAGAGAGGAGAGUACUACAAAAUCCUUAGGUGUCCAAUAAGGAGGGCGCGCUGACUCAUCUUUCAGAGCGCGCGCGCGCUCGCAGGGGAUGAGUGCGCGCGGAGCGGUGUACAGAUGUGUCGCAGAUUUUGUAAAGUCACUGGAGGCGCGGAGAGACCAACCGCAAGGGUCAGCUGCGGGUGACGCUGGGCGCCUCGAGGGUUGAGGAGGGAGCGGACUGAGCCGGGGCGGCGCUGUCAGAAGUCGUUACCGUUAGCCUGGUUUGUGAGGAAGAGGAAGGACUUUACUUUGAUAGUGAAAACCCCGACGCACGGCGGCGCGCGCAGGGAUGGAGCUCUCUGCCAUAGGAGAGCAAGUGUUUGCUGUGGAGUCAAUUGUCAAGAAAAGAGUUAGAAAGGUGAGAUAUGAACAGCUUACGAUGGUGUAGAGGGGAGAAUGCUACUUUGGAUGCUAAUGAACGCACGGGGAGAUUAGUAGCGCAGCUCUUACUUAAUCUGGUUAUCUAGCUGCAGGUUUGUUAAAGGGGGCGGGCUAGGGAGGUGUAACGUGGAGACUGUUGUCACUGCGCUACAGCUUGUGGCGUCAGGUGUUCUUACAGCGGAGUCGGAUACCUUACCAGCCCGAACUCUGCCGUGAUGGGCCUGGCUCUCUUGACAGCUUAUUGGGUUUGGGUCCAAUGCCAUGUUGUGUUUACAUGUACAGGUGCGUAGCUAGGGUGAAGGGGGCCUCCAGGCACAAGAUAGGCACGAAACCUUCAAAACAAAUACUCAUGCUAAUGUCAUAUCUAAUUUAUACUGAUGAACUGCAGAGAGGACUGAGCUGUGAUCACAGGGUUUAAAUUAAAAUAUACACAAAAAUGUUUGUUAGCAUUUUAUUAUUAGCCACUUUAAAGUUUAUGUUAAAAUCGUAUUGCAUCUAGCAAAAAUGUCCAAAUUGGGCUACAUUAUUACCUUUAUGCUAGGGUCUAUUUAAACAUCUCUUCUAUCAGUGAUGUGAUAUACACUCACCAGCCACUUUAUACUUUAUUAGGUACACCUUAGUAGUAUUGCGCAGACUAUUCCAUUCCACCUGUAUAUAUGGUAAAUAGCCUGUAUUUGAUAUAGCACCUUCUAGAAUCCUGGAACCCUCCCAAGGUGCUUUACAACACAAUCAGUCAUUCACACCCUGGUGGUGAUGAGCUACAUUGUAGCCACAGCUGCCCUGGCGCACACUGACAGGUGAGUCUGCUGUCCACAGAUGCCACCAGUCCCUCUGACUACCACCAGCAGGCUAGUUAAGUGCCCAAGGACACAACAGCGGCAGACUGAGUGGGGCUUGAACCUGCAACUGUCCGAUUACGGGGCAAGCACUUUACUCCUGUGCCACUCUCGCCCAUUUUAAACCCUAUUAUAAAAGAACACAGCUAACUGAAGUCCUGUCACCAGAAUACAGAAACAAGUACAAACAAAUCAAAAAAGAGGAACUGUAAAAACCAACAAUUAGAACCAAGCUGAAGCCAGUGCAAAAAAUAGCUUUAAAAGAAGACUCAAAAACAUGAAGAGAUUCCGUUUGCCUGACCAUCACUCCCUUCAGGACCACCUUAAUUCUUUGUGUUAUGGAUCCAACCAGGUGUAGGAAUCCUUCCUCAAAGGUUCUGGUCCAUAUUGACAUGAGAGCAUCACACAGGUACACCCAUGAUGAGAAUAUCUCCUGCAACCACAUCCCAAAGGUUCUGGACUGGACUGAGAUAUGGCGACUGUGGAGUUCAAAGUGGGACAAGAACAUCCCCACCACCGUUACACCGCCAGCGGCAGCAGCCUGAAGCAUUGAUACAAGGCAGGAUGGAUCCAUGCUUUCAUGGGAACGUGGAGUAUCUGCUAAAGUGGAAAGGGUGGCCGCCAAAGUACAGCACCUGGGAGCCUGAGGAACACAUUCUGGACCGGCGCCUGGUGCAGGCCUUUGAGGAGAAAGAAGAGAAGGACAGAGUUGUUGGCCACAGGAAGAAAGGUGCCAAAGCAAAGAAACUCCUCUUGCAGAGCACUGUUUACACCAUGGAUCUACGCAGCGCUCACAAGAUUCCCUCCAAACCUUCGCCUCGCCUCCGUCUCUCCCUAACACGCUCCCUGGAUCACGACGACAACGACGAUGAAACAUGGGUGGCCUGCAGGCUGAGGUCGCGAACUGUACAUCAUAAAAGCAAAAAGACGAGGUCACGGAACCGAUGCUUUGACUCAACCCCGUCAAGUUCUUCACAAGAAGACUGGGAUGAGGAGGAGGAAGAAGAUGAGCAGGAGGAGAAACAGACGAGUGAAAGCAUCUUAAAUGGACAGGAUGUGACGGAUAGCUGGAACACCGCUGCUCAAACAGACACUAAUGCUGCAUCGGAAAAACCGUGGAGACCCAUCGCCGGUCCGGGAGAGGUGACAGUCACAGACGUCACCCUCAACUCCCUCACAGUGACGUUCAGAGAGUCGAGAGUGGCCAAAGGCUUCUUCAGAAACUGGGGCCUGGAGGUCUGGCAGCAGUGACGAGGGAGCUUAUUAGCAGCGAGGACGCUGUGAAAGGGAAGCAGAGUGUGUGAGCGCUGGUCUGGGAUCAGGACUGGGGGUUUGGUUCCUUCUGCAGUUCCCCUCAGUGUGCUCUUUCGGCUCGGUGGGUGGUACGUUUACAUGCACAGUCACCUGAAUGUCAGACACACCAGAUCACCUGCUAUUGUGGUGGAUGUGAAUCUAACAUUGACAAAUGAUGGAGUUAUAGUUGUUUUAGUGAGAUCCUGGGAAACCAAGCCAUUAUGUGAUCUCAUGCAGCGUGUUUUCAAUGAGUCUCAGCCAUAAACACAUCAAACUGUAGCUUAAUUUCUGUAAAACUAACUGAUUUGUAGCCAUUUUUAUGCUUGCUAAUGUUUAUCUGGAUUAACUGAAAAGUGAAUCAGUUGUAUGUACAACUAUUCAUUAAUUCAGAGUUUAAUUUAAACCAGUCCAGUAUUUCAUGAGAUGUGUUGUUACCAGACAAGACAGGUUAACUUCCACACUUAGUGCCAAAGGUUGAACCAAAGAUCUCACACAAUGUGUAGGACUUGGAAUAUGUGUUAAAGGGGACUUUCGGCUACAACAAAGCCAAAUUUUAACAUCUUAUCCACCAGACUGAAGGAGUUCUGGACAUUUAUGUAAUGGCUAAGGUUAGUUGGGUGUGGAGGCCAUCUUGAAUCAUUACAAAUCUAAGGAUUAAUUUGAUUAAAUUUCCGUUCCAUCUCCUUUACCUGAAUGGGUCCAAUUUCACUUUAUAACAGGGCAAGGACCCAGAACACAGCUCCAGCACGUGUCAGUAAUAUUUAAACAACCAUCAGCCUGCCGGAGUCCUGAAACAUUUCCAUGUGAUCCCAAAGCAGCAGAGGUACAUCCAGUGAGUAUCUUUUCAUUUAAAUCCAAUUUAACAGAAGACCACAUUUAAAGGCGGGCUUUAGUAGACAAUCUGUUCUAGUUAGCAGGACUGUGACUCUAGUCCUCCAUGAAAUGUGAAGUUGAACCAUAGACAUAAAUAAUGGACAGACCGUGGCCAUUUCUGUCUUUUCUUGUCUUGUGAAGCCAAAAAGGCGGUUCCCACCACCGCCAUCUUGACCGUGUCACACGUCCCAUUACGCCCAGACAAUCCAAAAGUGGGUAAAGGGGUAGAGCUGACAGUGGGGCUGUGAGGGAGAGAGCAAAUGAACCAUUGUAGCUACUAUCUAACUGAGCUAACCCCCAAAGCUAAGACAGAGCUAGGAGCUCCAGGGCAGCCGAGCCGUCGCCUGGCUUCUGUGCAAGGCUGUAGUCAUGCUGUUCACCUUUGGAGCUCUAAUAUGGACUGCUAAAAUACAAGAAGAGCUUCAGAUCGCUGUGAUCGGAACAUGCUAACCCAAAGUUAAUGGAGUUCAACCAGUGAAAUUAAGUACAGAAACAUAAUUUUACUUAUUGAUAAAAAUGUAGCAGAGACUUCUUGGAUGACUUUUUAGUGCUAUCAAUACCACAGCUUGCCCCCUUUGUACAAAUAACUCCAUGAUUAACAUCCAAACACGAACACGCAGAGGGCACAGCUAAAGUUUGAAAUGACCGAACAUGAAUUAACAUGAGGCCCAGUGAGGCAUUCCCGGAGCUAGCUGCUAGCCCUAGCUUUGACACUCAUGCUUCCUGUCAAUCAAACCUAAUUAUUCGUAAUUUCAAGCAUUUAAUUGCACCUGAACUGAAGAAUUACAAAAACAUUCACCCCCCUCAGAGUUGUCAUUACAGUGAACUAGAUCUAUUGAACCUAAAAUGUUUUUUUGAACCAGACUGUAAACAUGCUUAUUUCUGCUGUGAAAAUGGCAUUUUUUAACAUGGAAGUCAAUGAGGAUUUGCUCACUUCUGGUGCCAGCCCCCAGUGGAGAAGGGUGGAACUGCAUCUUGCCACUUUUGUUUUGGCUCCAGAACUGGGUCCCACUAAUCAGCCUUAGCCAGAACCCUGUCACUUUCACAGAUGUAGCCCACCCCUUGGUAUCAUCAUAGCUAAGAAUAGCAGUUGCUACACAUACUUUGGAUGGUAAGAGAUCACACAAGAGUUUGUUGUUUCAGCGUUUGUUCAAAAUGGGUAAAACUCCAUCAUUUUCUCCAUACAGAGUUUAAAACUGGCUUGAAAGAUGACAUAUAUUUGUUUAGACCUUUAGUGCUCCUAAUGUUUUCCAGCUGGUGUUGCCACACCAGACAGAUUAAAUAGAACAUGCUUUAAAAGUUUAUUCUGGUGGAGAGACGUUGUCCUCCUUGUAUAUCACUGAAGAUACAUAACUACGAUGGAGACGUCCGUUUAAUCCGUCACAAAACCUUCAAAGAACUGGACAAGUUAUCGAUAGUUUUCUGUUCCUGAAUUUUAAAGCUUACCUCUUCAUGUUUGCGCUGUAUAAUAGACGUUGAGUUUUAUUCAUCUCCACAUCUGAACGGUGUAGUUGAGUCCUCUGUGCAUGUAAACGCAACCACCGGUUGUUCUCUUUCUUCCACCCCAACCUAACCAGACAUAUUGUACAUACUUCAAACCACAGUGAGGUGGGCGGAGCCGCCCUAACACAUAGAGCUGUACCUGUAACCAUUUAGACUGUUACUACCGUACGACGUGUGGCUUAGUUUUGUACGCGUUUCAAAGUCCUCCGAGACACGAUUUGAUCCGCCUGCAUGCCUUCUCUCUUCUAGUACAGGUAACCCCUUUACUGCCGGAUCUCCAUCUCAAAACCUAAAGCUGUCCCCAAUCUCUGGAACUACAUUAAAGAAUGUAUCAUGAAUUGCACUGUAGUUGUACUGCAGGGGAGUUUUGUUUUGUAAUGGGGAGUGACCGGCAGAGUUAAAAGAAACUCAGUUCUGGUAAGUAGUUUUAGUCAAGAUCUCAAAAUUGAGCUGUAUUCUUUAACAAACACUAAGCUAAGGAGCAGUCGGGGAAUUAUUACUGUGACUAUUUCCAUGAGAGCAAGAGUAUUUGCUGGUCUGGAGCAUACAGGCUUGUGUUAACACAAUGCCAAUGACCUUUGGGAACUAACUCUAGCCACCUAUCAGUUUGAGAAGUGUUAUAAAAUGAAUAGAUGAUUACCCAUAAUGCACAGCACCAUAUUUGGUGCAAACCAAAUAUCACAGCUGAUCCCAGCUGUCAGCACCGUGGUGGAGAGCUGAUGGUUGAUUGUUGAGAGCACCUGGCUGCAGACCUCCACUGUCAGGCUGCAUCCGGUGGAGGCUCCACUGUCAGGACGGUCAGGACGGGAAAUGCAUGGGAUGCAUUACAAAAUAAACGGCAAACAUACUUACGCUUGUAAUUGAUAGGUUUCAAUAUAAAAGAUUAUGUAAAAUCUAUCAAUUAUUUGUCUAUAUUUCAUAUAUAGUUGUCAUUUAUUUAGUAAACCUUAGCUUUGUUUGUCAUUUUGUUGUGUGUUUUCCUUUACUGUUGCACAACUUGGUCAUUAUGAUAUAUUCUGUCAUAAUCUAAGACGUAAUAUUAAAAAAUGAAUGCGUUUCUGAGGAGAGCGACUCAACCAAAACAGCAUUUGGGAUUUUAUUUAGAAAUAUGACGACCGGAAGUAUGUUGGUGUAUGUUAGCGUUUUAUGUUGAAACCUAUCCCGGCCAUUCGUUAAUUCAUUUUGAAAAAUCGCAACCAAAAGUGUGUUAAAUGACAACUACAUAUGAACUAUAGAGAAAUAAUUGAUAUAUUUUACGUAAUAUUUUAUAUUGAAAGUAUCAAUUACAAGCUUAAGUACGUUUUUGGUGUGUUCUUGCUGUGUUUAGUUUCAAAUUCCAUCAUUCAGUUCUUUUUAAAACACAGAAAAGGUUUAUUUACCUGCAACGUUUCGUUUGCGGCUGCAAACAUUAUCAGGCUGACGCCAAUGGUGGCGUCACUUCCUUCGUUUAUCAGCGGGCAGCAGAGGACGUUGUCGCCCUCUGCUGCCCGCUCUCCCCUCUCCGAUGAUGCUGUCCCAUGUGCGAUCCAACAAGUAAACUCCAUCGUCCGUGUUCAUGGUCUCACAUCCAACAUGGCAAGAGUAAUCAGCAAAAUCAUCAGCCCGUUAUUAGGUAACACAGAUCAACACUGCAAAAAUAGCAUAGAAUUGGCAAAAGAAUUAAAGGAGAUUACAAUAGAAGACAACGACAUACUCAUCUCACAUGACGUCACAUCCCUGUUCACAAAAACACCAACCCAAAAAACCAUAGACAUAGUAGUUAACAGAAUGAGACAGGACAAGACUUUACACAAAAGAACAAACCUCACAGCAGAUGACAUAGCACAACUGAUAGGACUGGUAGCUAACUCCACUUACUUCACAUACGAUGACGCAAUAUACAAACAACUGGAAGGCUUCGCCAUGGGUAACCCGCUAUCAGCCACCCUGUGCGAGUUUUUCAUGGAAGACCUAGAGCAAAAAGCCAUAGCCACUGCCCCCCCAAACUGCAAAAUGAAACUAUGGAAACGCUACGUAGACGACAUACUGGAAAUCAUACCAAAAGGACAAACAGAAACACUAACACAACACUUGAAUAACAUUGACGACACAGGCAACAUAAAGUUCACUUAUGAGUCAGAAACAGAAGGCAGCAUAGCAUUUAUGGACAUGAAAAUAGCCAGGCAGACCGACGGGACCCUAAACAUAAACACAUACAGGAAACCAACACACACAGACCAAUAUCUAUUAUGGACAUCAGAACACCCCACCAUACACAAAAUGUCAGUAAUCAGAACAUUAUAUCACCGAGCAAACAUGGUAACAGAAGAAAGAGACCGUAAACAAGAGAACAGACACAUACAACACGCUUUAAAGACCCGACAUGGGCAAUAAACAAAAGAAAACAAACAACAGAAAGAAAAAAACAACCAAAGCAAAGAACCAGAAACCCAGAAAGACAAGAACCAAAACCAGUGAUAACCCUACCAUAUAUCAAAGGCAUAACCAAAAAAAUAAGAGCAACAAUGAAAAAACACAACAUAAACACACCAACAAAACCAUACACAACAGUUAGAAACAGACUAGUGCACCCAAAAGACAAGAUACCAGCUGGACACAAAUGUGGAGUCAUUUACAAAAUCCCAUGCAAACUCUGCAAUAAAACAUACAUAGGAGAAACCGGACGCCAACUCAGCACACGAACAACAGAACAUAGAAAGGAGUGCGAAAAAGAGGCAAGUCGAAAACACACAAGAGCAGCAAAAGAAGAAGCAGAAAGCACAAUAAAGAAAUCAGCUGUAACAGAUCACUGCACAAGAGAAAACCAUGUAAUGGACUGGGACAACACAAGGAUCAUAAACACCAAACAACAGAAAUACAAAAGAUGGAUAAAAGAAGCAAUCGAGAUAAGGAGACGUGGAUGUGGGACCAUGAACAGGGAUGAUGGAGUUUACACGUUGGAACGCACAUGGGACUGCAUCAUCGGAGAGGGGAGAGUGGGCAGCAGAGGGCCAGAAACGAAGGAAGUGACGCCACCAUCGGCAUCAGCCAUUGCAGCCGCAAACGAAACGUUGCAGGUAAAUAAACCUUUUCUGUGUUUUAAAAAGAACUGAAGGAUGGUAAGUACGUUUGCCGUUUUAUUUUGUAAUGUAUCCCGUGCAUUUCCCGUCCUGACAGUGGCAGUCAUCCUGACAGUGGAGGUCUGCAGCCAGGUGCCUCUCUUGAUUGUUGCAAAACCCUCCUGAGGUGGACCAGUUAGCUUGGUUGUCAUGGAAGCAUAGAUAUACUCACACAUCGUGUAUUAGAUGUAAGAUGGAAACAAAUAAAAAUGACUAAAUGAAGCUAGUGCUUUGGUUAGACUCUGCCGGCCCCCCAGAGAACACUCCCGGAGUGAUAUUUCGGGCCACGUGUUGUUUGUCACUGAUGAUAACGGGUCAGCAUCUCAUGAGGCUGAAUCCAGCUGUGUGGCAGUGAAGCUGCGGGGAAUGGAAGUGCCUGAUGAUUUUUGUUUCUGUGUGGAGUUUUAAAGGUGUUUCACUUACACACACACACACACACACACACACACACACACACACACACACACCAUGAGUGUAACAGUUUUUUUCUUCCCCAACUUUUGCACUCUCCUCUGAUUUUAUUAAUACUGAGACAUUAAAAUGAUGAAAAGGUAAGAGGAUAUUAAUGGGAAACAAUCUUUUAUGUUAUUUUUCUACAUUGACCUGAAAGUAUAUGUAUUAUGUGUGUUUGUCUCACAGACGACUGAACAGGUUUUUUGUACAGUUUGAUAAAACUACUGACCCGAUGCCACACACAGUAUUAAUGUCCUGACCAGAUAAAACAAGCACGCUGGGCUUGAUGUUCUCUGAUGUUGUCGCUUGUGCUGCUUCUGUCCAACACUGAGCGCAGAACCUUGCACUUUAUCGUGAUGUAACCUUGCACAUUACCUGCUCCAGUCUAUGAAGUGUUGUUGUUGCAUAGACUGUUUCUAUGGUAACACUCAAUAAAUGUUGCACAUGUUUAUAAUGAUCUCAGUGAGCUCAUUCUCAGCACGGCGUUUGCAGCAGUAAAUAGACCUGAAAAUUGGGCUGUGUAAUUAAUCUAAUCUGUAUUUGAAUUUAGAUUUCAGCUUUAGUCGAUCACUAAAACAAUGUUGACAAGAAGUUAUUAAAAUAUUUUAGUCACAUUUGGCUUUGCAGGCAUGCUCUGAUUUUGUCAUGCUUUUUGAAUGUGGUAGACUUUCAGCUUGUGUGAUAGUGGCAGUUAAAAAAACAUAGGAAAAGAUUGCAGAUCAAGGGCAAAACACAAGCGGCAGCAAAAAUAUGCCACUAUUAUGCCCGCUGAUCUUGAGACAUAUUGUCCAUAUGGUUCAAUUAGCAAGAAUUGGCACUCCUAAAAACACAUUUUAUGCCCUCCGACUCCUUGUAUGGACAUCUGGGCUCCUGUAGCAGCUCUUCUCUGCUAUUUUAGCAACACUGUCCAUGUUUUCAAUAGAGCACAAAAUCAAGUUUAAUGAUUAGUUGCUUUUUAUAAGGGUUUUAAACUAAAUGUUUCAGUAAUAUACAUGUUCUCCCUAAGUAGGCCUGACAUCCUGUGUGAUUAGUUUGUCCUAAUUUAUACUUAAAGACCCACUCUAAUUAAAAUCGUGUUUUUCUGUUUUUAACAUAUUCUUGAAGCAUUUUUAUUAUGCUACAGAAAUGUAAGCUCAAAAUUGCAUUUUUGAGUAUUUCUGCAUUGAAAUUGCUGUGAAUCAAUAGCAGACGGAAAAAAAAUUCUACGUAAAACUUACUGGAUUUGUUACGUCACAAUGCCACUGGGCGGAGCACAAACUCCUCUAGUAGAGAAGAAGCUGGAUAUUUAUCAGUUUUCAAAUGUCAAAUCGUGGAUAGCUCAACUAGUAAAGCACCUGGGUUUGAAUCCAGGCUGGGCCAUACCAGAUGCUGGUUCAGAUGUCACUUAUAAUUUUAUUUUUAUAGUAAUAUGUAUUGCUGUGUACUGUAUUAUUGUACAGUAAUGACACCCACUGAUGGUCAUUAAACGUACAAGUGUGACACGUGGAAAGGUUGAAUGCACGACCAGAAAAGACACGAGUUCAACUUUCAUUUUGGAACUUUUUUUCAACCUUGACGGGACGUCAUGGUUAUAAAUAUUAUUAUACAUCAGCAACUUUACAAUCUGCUGAUGUAAAUUAGUGUCCUUUGUUUUCCUUAGAAUUUUAUCUCUGGAUAGCGUUACAACUUAAACAUGUAAAACAAUAAGAUUUAGAUUUUUCCAUUAUGAAGCAGAUGUACCCAAAAUUGUAAAAGCAGAAACUUUUCCGAUUGUUUUUCCAGUUAUACACGUAAAGAUAUUGAGGACAAAAGACAACUAGUUAAUUUUUUCCAAUGGUACAAACAUACUUUAUUGUACAAUUAAUUUAUUGGCAAGAAAAGGAAAAAAAGUCCACCAAAAUAACUUAUAAAAAGAAACUAAUGAAAAUGGAGCAACGGUUAUUUUUGCAUCAUCUCAGCAAGCACCGAAAAUGUUACGAGAAACAAAACAAAGUGGUCAGUGAUUCCAUUUGAAUACUAAACAAAUAUUUAAAUAGUCUUAUUUCCAGUCUCUCUUUAAGAAAUGGAAAAAACAAACCUUUUUGUUCAGUUGCCAUCAGUUUGUACAGUGAUUCAGUAUGUUUACAUCAAUAUUCAUGUACAGAAAACAUUUCAUGUAAAGGAUGAACUCCACAGCCUCUCCAGGGCAAACCCCAAUAACUGUCUGCAGUGUCUUUUUGUAUUUCUAUAACACCUUUUUAAUACAAAAAGAAAACAUUUUUAUCUAAUAAUUCCUGUAGCUUCAAGUUUUAUUUCCAAAAAAUAAAAUUAAAUAAUAUAUCUAUAUAUAUAAAAGACAGUUUUUAUCCUUGUUUUCUUAUAAAAUAAGUCUCAAGAUAUAUUGCAACCUGGUUUUGAUGUGUCCCCUCCCCACCCUCGAAAAACAUACCCAGCGAGUCCAACUUUAUCGGGAACAAAAAUAGUGAGCAAUGUGAACAUCGUGUCUUCAGUCCUCUCCGUAAAAAGCUAAAUAACCAAAGUUUUUAAUCAGUCGACCCUCGCUUCGGCUCCGUUUUGUGCAGAUUCUGCGUCGUAAGCUUUUGAGGGCGAUUGAAACACCCCUCCCCCAAAAAGAAACCUUUUUGUCAAAAACACACUGGAAAAAAGGCGCAUUGGUGCUCGUGACCUACUACACCCCACACUGUACAUUUUAGAAACAAUUAAAAAAAAAAUCUGAAUACUGUACAGUAGCUCAGGAGCACUUCUGUAGUUUAUACACACACACACACACACACACACACACACACACACACACACACACACACACACACACACACACACACACACACACACACACACACACACACACACACACA